AUGGGCAAGACUCUCAAACUAAUCAAUCACCUCCAGCUCGCUCUCGCACAUUACUGCGACAUUCAUGGUCCUACUCCUCUUAUGGCCACAGAGGGCCUGCCGACUUCAUGCACCACCUGCUACGAUGAUCUUGCUGCGCGCUCCGAUACACUCGCUAAGCACAUCCCGCCCCUGAGCGCCCAGCGGUCCUCACCCCACGACGUUGCCAACGGCGUCCGUACUCUUUCGGGUUCCCUCACAAACUCGGGCCCCACAUCAGCCGGCCCUCGGCAGCAAUCCCGGCCGGAGGGCACCUUGCUACAAACGCCAGCGGAAAAUGGCAACGCCCUGGACACACCCCCUGGGAGCCCCCACCAGUCCCAUCCUCCUGCCCCUCACGCGCGCCGCGACUCGAGCUUCUACAGGACAUAUGAUGACUCGGUCACCAAGAAGCAAGGCCCAUGCAACAACUGCGCUAUGGUCCUCCCCAACAGCUCGACGACCGCAUCGGGCGACGAAGACGGCUCGUCCAACAACAAUAACAACAACAACGUGCGCCCUACCUUGAGGACCCGUGCCCCUGCUGAGCGUGUCUUUGGAACUGAUGGCCAAGCGUCCCCGCCAAACUCGCAAACGUCUAGCGACACAGAUGGAGAGAGAGAGGCUCCGUGCCGUAUGCGGAAUAGGAAAUCCACGCCUACGUCGGUCUCCCGCACCGCCUCAUGCUCCAGCUCAUCAACCGUGUCCGAGAGCGCCCCCUUCCACGUGCACUAUGUUGACUACACCUCGACCCAUGAACCUCUCCUACCUAACUCCUUCUCCCUCCUACGCGCCUCGUGCCUCCGCACCCUCUCCUUUGAGACGCUACCUCGUGCCCCAACCGCGCCCCCGGGCACCGCCAGCUCUCCCCUCUCCCCCACCGGCUCCUUCGUCACCACCCAGAGCGCUGGAUCGGCCGUGUCCGGCGGACCUAUCUUCUUUGGAGAUGCCCUGGCUGGCUACACGACUGCCUACAUCUUCCGCAUCCCCGAUGUGCACGCCCGCGGCCACAAGCGCAUAUACGCCUUUCUGGCCCUGAGCACCCACAAGGAACGCCUAGCCAUGAAGACGUUUGCCAUUGUCUCGGCCGCCUUCCGCGAGCUGGCAAACUGGAUCCAGCAGCUGGCUGAGGCCGAGGCCGAGCGUGCUGCCGAGACCUCCCCACUCACGGGUGCCCUGUAUAAUGGCUCCGGAGUCAGCCAUGCCACGACACGGCCAGCCCCUCUGACGGCCGACAGGUCGGGCAGCAGUUUCCUCACCGGUGGCGGAGGCUUCACCCGACGUAUGAAAGGCGGUGGAGGUGGAGCUGCCCCCAAGGCUCGCAGUCUGCCGGAGCUGGUUGGUCAGCCCGACUUUUUCAUCCAGCUUCACAGGAAGUUUGUGCAGCUCUUGUUUGAAGUUGGCGUGACACUGAAUUCUUAG